UUCGAGAGAGAAAACAAAAUGUGCAACACGUGUUGCCGAUUGCCGGUAGAUAGAGGAGUAUUAUCAGCUUUCAAGGUCAUUUGAGUAACAGAGAGAGAAGUGUAAACACGAUUAAACGGAAAUAUUUGACGUCACUCGGUGGCUGGGAGGUUAAGUGCAAGGUCACAUACUGCCAGUUGCUUCUUCGAGUUCCUGCCGUAACGGUCUCUGAAUUCCUGUCGUAUUUCCCUCAAUUUGCUUUCUGGUUUGAAAAUGGUGAAGCCUAUUGUAGGUUAUUGGGAUCUGAGAGGGCGUGGAGAGCCCCUUCGGUUUCUUCUUCACUAUAAAAAGGUGGAUUUCGAAGAUAAGAGAUAUCCUGCAAAUGCUGAGGGUUUCCAAGAAUGGCAAAAGGACAAGUUCAGUCUUGGGUUUGAUUUCCCAAACUUGCCUUACUACAUCGACGGUGACAUCAAACUCACCCAGAGUAUCGCCAUCAUGAGGUAUUUGGGAAUGAAACACGGCCUAGAUGGGAAGACAGAUGAACAAAAGCGCCGAGUCCUUAUGGCCGAACAACAAAGUGUUGAUUUCCGUGACAAGCUUAGAGCAUUCGUUGUGGGCAGUGAAUACGAGACAACGAAAAAGGAGGAAUUUCUGAAAGGUGUCCAGCCCAUGUUCCAGCAGUGGGAGAAAUGCCUUGAAGGCAGGAAGUUUCUGGCUGGUGAUGAUGUAACGUACGUUGAUUUUUUGGUCAUGGAAAAUUUAGACUAUUACAGACUGUUCCAUGAAACAAUUCUGGAUGAUUAUCCAUCUGUGAAAGCUUAUUUGAGCAGGAUGAAGAACCUGCCAGAAUUGCAGGGAUACAUGAAAUCUCCUACUCGCAAACCGUGGCCACUUUUUGGACCCAUGGCUAAGUUUGGUGGGGGUGGCGAACCACCAAAACAUCUGUGAUUCGUAUCAGUAUUGUUGUGUUGAAUUAAGAAUGUAUGUAUAUGAAAUGAUGAACUAAAAUUGGACUAAUAUUGAUUCAUAAAAACUAUUAUUCGCUUUAUUAUAAGACAUGGUUUUGUUUCAAAAAUAUUGUUAUUUUUCUUUAUACUUUAAUAAUUUAAAAAUAACUACAGUUAAUCAUGGUUAAAAAUUGAAAGAACUGUUAAAUCAUAAGAAGUUAUGCUUGAUUUUUCAUCAGAACUAUAUUCAUUGUCUAAAAAAUAUUGGCAUUUUCUGGAUAUUUAAAUAAUUUGUUAAUGGCGAUAAUUUAUCUACCAUUUUAAAUAAUGGAAAGUAAACUUAAAAAUUGUUGUUUAUUUCUUCCUAUAAACUAUAGUUCCUGUCUCAAAAAUUUUGUUAUUUUUAUGGUAUUUUUAUAAUUUAAAAAUAAUGAUAAUUAAUCUGUCAUUUUUUUAAGAACUGAAUGAAUAUAUAAUCUUAACAUCUUGGUUCUUCAUAAAAACUUUAAUUGUUUUUAUCAGAAAUAAUUUUUAAUAUUAUAGUUAUUGAUGAGAGUGCAUAAUUAAUGUACUAUUUUAAAUAAUUGAAAUAUCAAAAUAUGCUGAUUUGGUACUGAAAUUGAAUGCAAAGCCAUGGUGAUUCAUUUUUUUAUAAUCGAACAUUUACCUCAUUUUUUAAAUUUUGAUAUGUAAAUUAAAAUGCAAUGAAAUAUAUAUAUAUAUAUAUAUAUAUUUGUUUUCCUUAUCUCUUUUAACAUUAUUUUGUAUAACUUGUAAAGUUUUGCAGAACUUUUUGUGUUUUAUUCUAUUAGACUUUCUAAUUAUUUUUAGACUUGAGCACUAUU